AUGGAAUCCGAGCGCCCGUUCACGCAGAACGGCUACGGCGACCUGCCGCCCGUCGACGACCUCCCCGUGAAAGAGUAUUUCGUCCUCAAGCAGGAAGUCAGCCUCGAGGUUGACUUUCGCGACAAAUGCAUCCAUGGAACUACCGACGUGUUUGUCGUCACCUUUACGGACAAGGUGGAAGAAGUGUUCCUCGACGCAGCGCAAUGCGAAAUCGACACGAACCGAAUCACCAUUGCCGAGAUGCGUGAAGUUAACGGCGAAGCAAUCGAGGGUCACAAGCGCAGAGCCGCUGCGGAAUACAACGACCCGUACAAGAAGCUCUCACAUCCCCAGGGGUGGAACUGGAGAGCCGAGCACUACGAUUUGCGCCGCAUUCGCGCUCGAGGAGUUUUUCACACUCGAAAGUCCGACGUUCCCGCCGAAAAUAGAGAAUUUGAGGGGUGUACGCCGGCAUACGGGUCAUUGAAAGUAAAGCUGCGUGGCAGAGACGAACGAGAUCGCCCGAGGUUGAUCGUCAGGAAGUCUACCAUGAAUCUCGAGCCCCUCGAAAGGGCGCACAAGCAAUACAAAAUUACUGUCCCGUUUGUCAAUCGGAAUCCUCGGGAUGGGUUGCAUUUUGUGGGCGUGGACUCUCUGGACAGCCGCUUUACGCACAUGUAUACCCGUCACUCGAUUCAGCCGGGCACCGCGAGCUGCAUCUUUCCGUGCAUCGAUGACCACGGCUCACGUUGUGAUUGGCGUGUCUCGAUUAAGCACCCUCGGACUCUCGGAGACGCCUUACAACAAGCUUUGGCGACUAAGCAGGACUCUGGCUUUCUUGAUCGCUCGUUCAAGCUUGCAGAAGAGGACAAACUUCGAGAGAUGUCUGUUGUAUGCUCAGGCUUUCUCGUUGAAGAAACCACGGACGCAGACGAUGAGUCCAAGAAGAUCAUGACGUUUGAGCCCGAGAAGAAAGUCUCGGUUCAGAAACUAGGAUUUGCAGUCGGCCCAUUCGAACAUAUUGACUUGUCUUCGGAAUUUCGAACCGAGGAAGAUGAACUCAAGCUUGGUAUGAGUGCACUGAAAAUCCACACAUAUUGCUUGCCUGGAAGAGGGGACUGGGUGAGACAUACCUCGGCCGCACUCACCAUGGCCGCGGAUUUUCUCACAUAUACCUUCGCCCGCUACCCGUUUUCCAACUUCAAACUUUGCUUUGUUGACGACUUGGUCGACGAUACGGUAUCAUUACACUCACUAGGAUUUGCAAGCAACCGCUUGCUGUACCCAGAAGACGUCAUCGACACUGAAAUCGAGGUGACGCGGCAGCUUGUUCUCACGUUGACAUCACAAUGGAUUGGCAUCAAUAUGAUACCCAAUACACGCAACGAUAUGUGGCUUGUAGUGGGCAUGGCUCACUACAUGACCGAUUUGUUCAUGAAGCGCAUCUGUGGAAACAACGAAUACCGGUUUCGCAUGAAGACCAUGUCCGACAAACUGGCUGAGCUUGAUGUUGGUCGCCCUGCUAUCUUUGACCUCGGCGCCAAUUUGCAUCUUGACGACGCAGAAAUGAAGCUCAUGACACUCAAGGCACCCCUUGUAUUUUUCAUCCUGGACAAGCGCAUGAACAAGGCAUCGGGCGGUCAUGGGUUGACCAGAGUACUGCAGAAGCUUUUGACACGCGCGCAGAUUGAAGGAAGCGACAAGUCUAUGAUUCUGGAUACCGAAAAGUUCAAAACUAUAUGCGAAAAGGGGUCCCGAUACCGCCUAGAGACCUUUUGGAAUCAAUGGGUCUACGGCUCCGGUUGUCCAAAGUUUGAUGUCAAAGCCCGAUUUAACAAAAAAAGGCUAUGCGUCGAAUUGACAUUGAAUCAAGUACAAUUUCAAAAGGCAAAGAAGCCUCAACUCGAAAAAGACGACUUUCUGCGCGAGAUCAGGGAGCGACGAGCUGAAGUGCCUCUUGGGGAAACUCAACCAUUAUUUACGGGGCCAAUGACUGUACGAAUUCACGAGGCUGACGGAACGCCAUACGAGCAUAUUCUUGAGAUCCGCGAAGAUGCCACAAGAGCCACCAAGUUUGAGAUUCCCUAUAACACGAAAUAUAAGCGACUCAAGCGAACACGGCGAAUGAAGGAGAAACACACAGGUCAAAACAUAGAAAUCACAGACAACAAUGACGAUGCUUUGCUCUAUUGUCUCGGAGAUGUCUUGCAAAGCCCAGAGGAUCAGCGCGAGUGGGAGUUGAUCGACUGGGACCCCGAGACGGAGCGAAAAAUGGACCAAGAAUCAUACGAAUGGAUCCGUCUUGACGCUGAUUUUGAAUGGGCAUCCGACAUGUCGCGGACCUUGGAGCCAUAUAUGUACGUGUCGCAGCUACAACAAGACAGAGAUGUUGUUGCACAGCAAGACGCCAUGCUUUACCUUGCGCAGGGCCCGUUACAUCCAAUCGCCUCCGGCUUCCUGGUGCGAACCCUCAUUGACCGACGAUAUUUCCAUGGAAUUCGCACAAUGGCGGCAGCUGCUCUGACUCGGCAGUCUAAUAUCAAAGAUAUUCCAUUACUAGGAAUGCGCCAGCUCAUGCGGGCCUUCCGAGAGAUGUAUUGCUACGAACAAACCAACCAGCCUCGCCCAAAUGACUUUACCGACAAGAAGCAAUACAAUGUUCGUUGCGCGAUCAUCAAAGCCAUCGCUGAAGUUCGUGAUCACACCAACAAGUGCCCGAUGGAAGCACGUCGCUUCAUCCUCGACCAGCUUCGCUUGAAUAACAACGAGGGCAAUCCGUACUCGGACCAUUUCUACAUUGCUUUCCUCGUCAAGUCGCUUUCCAUUUCGCUCAUCCCGUCCAAACAGGACGACUGGCUCACGCGCCAAAACAGGAUUCCAAACGAAGAGGAGACUGCCUUCUUAGAAGACGCUCUCGAACAAAUUGAGCGAGUCCUGCGCCGUGAUGAAUGGACUAAUUCGUACCAAAAUACAUGGACGCUGGCCGGAUUAGACGCGAAACAGCGCUUGAUGAAGGCAGACGUGAUUCCCAAAAACUUCACGGACUUUGGACAGUACCUAUUAGACGGAACCCGAGAUUUGAUUCGCAUCAAAUGCUUUGAGGCCUUGAUUGACCUGGGCGCUAUGAUGGAUCCGACAUUCUUCAGCUUUAUGAUGUAUUCGUUCAUGACGGAUCGGUCUCCGUACGUGCGCUCAAAGCUGAUUGCCGCUGUUGCUCGAGGACUUGCUGCCAUUGCAUUCGGAGAGCACACGAAGGUUGCUAAGAUUGAACCUUCUGCUGACGACGGCGACGGCCUGCUGCUUGUCCAGGAUAGCGCCCAAGAAAUUGAAGCAAGAAAAGAAAUGUUUGCUCGCAAGGAGAAUUUGGGUUCUGCUCUGAAGGCGUUGAAGAAAGAAAUGGAAGAGACAUAUAUGGCUGAUGAGCGGCAUUACAGCACGGCCAUGCGCAGAGCGCUGGAUCACCCGGACCUCGGCCGCACGGAAGUAGAAAGUCUCCUGGAUCUUGCUUCCAUGAUGUUCGAGGAGGCGCAGAGCUGGCUCUUGACCCUCAAUCUGCCUAAGCGAUGGAAGGCAGCGCGGCCUCCAGCUCCAGAGAGGCCCUCUAACCGCAUGCUGGUCACCUUCAAGUCUUACUACAAGAUCAAGCCAAAGGUCCCACUCCCAGCCAUGGUGGCAGCAGCACCCGCUGCUCCAGUAUCAAUAUCGAGCGGGAGCGACAUCAAGAAGCUACCCACCAUUGGGAGAACACCGUCUAUCAAGAUCAGCACCAAGCCGACUUUCUCUAGUAUCCCGCGACAAUCACCCAAGCCGCCAAUUUUGCUAGAUUCUAUUGUUGCCCACAGCCAAGCUCAAGCCAAUGGGUCCCCAGCAUCUGCCACCAUCCAGGUAGCGAAGCGGCCGCGGCCGGAGAAGGAAGAGCAUGCGUCGCCCGCACCGAAGCGUCCCAAGACGGACACUCCCUCGGAGGCCAAGACCCAAUGGAAGAAGCGGCGUAUGGUUACCCUCAAGACGGCAAACCCCAAACGACUGGCUGUUAUCCUGGGCAAGUCUCUGUCCUCGAGCCCGGCACCGCUCAGAACAGCCUUGCCGGGGAGCUCCGCACCAGGAAGUUCGCGGCGCGAAUCGUCCACUGAGAAUACUCCUUUGAAAAUUCGCAAGCCGUUGCCUUCUGGCGAUGUUGUUCGACGACCACUGCCAACGGGCGAUGCUGUGUCCUCGUCGCAUCACACGCCUGCGUCAAAGCCCAAAAUUAGCCUCAGCAUGUCGUCCACGCCGGCGGCUAUGAGGGCGGCUUCUACGCCGUCCGCCAUCCUGGGUGGUGGCAGAAGCCCUGCGCCGGAGACACCAUCGAGCACAACAUCGCGACCCAAGAUCAAGAUCAUUCGAAAGCCGCAGCCCCCGCCGCCGUCAUAG